GACAGAGACACCCGAGAAGGCAGCGGUUGAUGUGGUAGGUGAGGGGGAAGCGCGCGCAGUCCAGUUUCCAUGGAAACGCGGCCUGGUCCCUAAGCCCGCCUGAACUGACGGUCGUCGCGGAGGAGCCCAGGUUUUGUUCCGAACUCUACAAUGCUACCACAGGAGAAAGAACUGGAUGAACUGUUGGCUUGUAAAAAAGAAGAGUGGAAAACAUUACAGGCCCUUCGAGCCCAACUGCAAGAAACAGCCCUACAAGAUGCCCAGCGGCAGCUCCAGGAAGCAAAAGAGAAGCUCAGUCAGUUGAAAAAGGACUUCACCUAUAACUUGCAAGUCUUAGAGGAACGGGACUGUGAGCUGGAGCGUUAUGAUGCUGCCUUUGCCCAAACCAGUAUGUUGGAGGAAGCUAGAAAGGCAGAGGUGAGUGAGCUCAAGAUAGAAGUGGCCAAGCUAAAGCAAGCUGUUGCCAAGGAAACCAGAAAGCGAGAGGAACUGCAGCAGCUUUAUCAGCACCGACUGCAGGAGCAUCGCCUAGAGCUGGAGCAGAUACACAGCAACAAGAACUGUGAAAUCGACCACCAUCGAGAACAAUAUGAAAAGUUGAAGUGGCAGUUGGAAAGAAAACUUCAGGAACUGGACGGUGAACUUGCUUUGCAGAAACAGGAACUUCUAGCAGAGUUUGAAUCUGAGUUAAAAAAGAGAGAGCAUGAAUUUCGACUUCAAGCUGAUGAUAUGAGUAACUUAGUCUUGACCCAUGAGCUGAAGGUAAAGUUGUUGGCCAAAGAACUUGAGGCUCUUAAAGUGGCUGGAAUUAAAGCAGCAGAAUCCCUACUGGUAGCAGAAACAACUAAUUUGGAGCUGGAGAAAGAGGUGAAGCGCAAAGACUUGGAAAUUAAGGAUCUGACAGCUGUGAAAAAUGCCCGGAUAAAAGACUUAGAGGAUAAACUCCAGUCUGUACAGCUAAUCAGGAAAAAGGAAGAAGAAAUAUUUAAGAGGAAACAUGAAGAGCUGGAUCGCUUUGCCAGAGAAAAAGAUGCAGUGCUAUCUGCUGUGAAGGAGGCCAACGUAGAACAUGUACAGAAGCUGGAGGCUAAGGUUCUUGAACACCAAGCCAGUCAUGAUACUCUUGAGAUGGAACUGAGAAGGGCUGAGUGGAGACAAGUUGAUGCCUUAAAAGAAAAGGAUAUUGUCAUUGCCAAGCUUCAAGAGGAUGUAGCAGCAAUGAAAUCUGCCUGGGAUGCUCAGAUUGCACAAAUAUCAAAGGACACUAUUUCCAGAGACCUUCAGAUCCAUACACUACAAGAAGAAGAGGUGAAGCUCAAGGCACAACUGGCCAGAUUCCAACAGGACAUCGAAAGGUACAAACAACAGUUGUCUCUAGCAAUGGAACGGGAGCAGAUCCUAGAACGUGAUAAAGUACAGGUGGAACUGGAUUGGCAAUGUCGUUGUGAAAAUGCUGAAAGGAACCAGUAUGAGAAGUCAGAGGAUUUGAUACAGGGUUUAACAACGGCCAGAAACCAGGUUGCUGCCCAGCUUCAAGAGACAGAGCAGAAGUUAUGUGAAAUGAAAACAGUAUUGAAGGCUAUAAUCUUUGAAAGAGAUCAAGCAAUUCACACUCUCAGUUUGCAUGGUUUACUUCCUGAAAAGGAGAAAAAGGUGCUCCUCACAGAUCAUAGAAUAAAUGGAAGUAAAGGUUUUCCAUCCAGUGAGAUUCAGAAGCUGCAGGAACAAAAUACAAACUUGCGUACUGCAAUUGCGCACAUGAGGAAGGAAAUGGAGGCUCUAAAUGACCAAGUCCCCUCUUUUACCAGCACUGGAAAGAAGAUCCUAAAUGCAGUACCCUGUGAUCCAGAGGCUACACCAGACAUAUUAGUUUCUGGUUUCUUGCUGGCUGAUAAAGUUUCUAUUGGGAUGGCUUUGAAGAAGCUACAAGCCAAAGCAGUUCUCUUGGAUUCCAUGGUAACCCAGCUCAAACAAAAGGUACAAGAGAAACCAUUGGACAUUGAUGAGUUCCAGGACCAGCUUUCCAGUCACCUAGAUCAAGUACAUUUAGAAAUUUCAGGGCUACAGGAACAAGUAAUUCAGAUCAAGAUGCAUUUCAGUGCAGCCAAGGAGGCAGGGAAGACUUCUAACAAGAAUCAACAACAAAUCCCUGAGUCUUUGACACUUGGAAAAGAGAGUCUGAUGACCAAAAAGCCUCUAGGAGCCGCAGAUCGAAAGGAUCAGUUUGACCAAAUUGGGGCUGGGGAUCAGGCCCAGCCUCUUGGGGCCUUUUCCAUGCAAAUGCUGCAGAAGAAACUGAAGGAAGCAGCAAGAAAAAUCUCCAGCCUAAGCCAAGAGAAGCAGCAGCUCAUUGAAAUGGGGAACAGACUUCGUGCUGAACUGGGUAAAACAAAGGGCCCUUCCAUGAAGUUCUCACGGCAUCCUUUUCAAACUGUUUCUGGAGCCUUAUAUCCAAAAACACUAACCAGAGAUAGUGGGCAUCAUCUCUUAGCUUUGGAGCAGCUUCAAGGCAAGCUCACAACCCAGGAGCUACAGUGUGCCCAGCAAGACUAUUUCUCUAGAUUAUCUGAAAAUGCCCCAGAAACUUUGACUAGAAAUAAUGCUCCAAGCAACUUUGAGGAAGAACCAAAUUUGCCUCCUGCUCAGAUCCAACUUAAUACUCCCAUGAGGAUUAGUAAAUCGGCUCAGGAGAAAGAAAACAGAUCUCCAGUGCUAACUGAGGCCCAAGAGCUACGUGAGGAAAAUAGGCACCAUACCCAAAGAUCAUCAUCUCAGGCUGGCAGCUCCCUCCAGGAUAUAUGGCAAAUAUUGGAUCUGGGAUCUAGUCCUUCUGGCUUCACCUCUCAAGAUGACUCCAUUCCAGUGGAGCUUCCAGCACCCAGGGCAGCUGACAGCCUCCAAGAACUGAACCACGAUACAGCAGGGACUCCCAGAGCUUUUACCAUUGAAGGGAUGAAGUUGGAGGUCCAGCCGAGACCAAAAUCCACCAAGCCUUCUAAGCCGCAUCCUGGAAAACCGAAAAUUACUCAGAAAUCAUCAAAAAUCAGGAACUAUAAUGUGAAAGACUAACCUUAAUAUGACAGUGCCCAGCUCCUCUCUCUCCAAUGAUAGGAUCUAGAAUUAAAGUCUCUGUACUGGAAUUUGUGGACAGCUCUGUUGUUGGUGUAAGGGGGAUGGAGGAUCAAAGCAGGAAAGUAGGUUCUUAGAUUCAGAGUAGAAACUUCUAUGUUACACAUUCUGUUAGAGACGGCUUUAUUGGUGUUGCCUACAGAGUUAAUUAAAAUUAACAAGCAUCUUAGCUUUUAUAUUAGUCUUGAUGGUAGGUUGUGAGUGUCCUAUAUGGCAUAAAUACUUAUACUAUGAAUCAAAACUAAAGAAUGUCAUGAAAAUCUCUUACUUCCUGGGUAACAGUAGCAAAAGUAACCUACUGUUACACUGAGGUUUUUCUCUCUGUUACCAGACCUAUCCAGUUUCUCAGAUAUAUGGACAGUGCCCAGCUCCACCUGAAUUCCUGUAUGUGUGAUGGGCAUUCUUUCUUUUUUUAGAAAACUUGGUAAGAGAGCAGGAAGAUGUCCAUUUGUAGUAAAAGUGUCUCUUGUGUAUUUUCCCCUCACUGUUUAACACUGUGAUGGAGCUUCUCAGUGCCAACCUUGCAAGAGGAAGAGGGCUAUAUCCUUUAGACCUUAUACUUUCAGGGGACACUUUGAUAAGGAGACCUACAGAAUGGUGUGACACUAGGAAAGCAAACAUUUUCAUAUUAAUUCAAAGUUACCCCUGCCACCCUUUUGUUAGGCCCACAUAUGCUUCUUCUUCAGUGAGGACAGCAGUGUCAUUAACUCAAACUGAAUCCCUUGUUGCAGAAGGUUGGGUCCUUUUAGGCAUCCUUUUCAGUCCUACAUUUCAAAAGGUAGAAACAAGCAUUUUUUCUCCCAGGCAUGAGCUCAGCCUUACUGCCAACAUCUAGAAAUGGGUCAUGAUAGAGUUAUUUCUAAAUAGUGGGGAUCAUUUCAGUGUGCUGCAGGCUGUGGACAUAGCUACUUAUUUCUUUCAGUGGUACAACCCUACUGUGGGUUUUGAAUUUCCAAAGGCUUACCUUAGAUCUCAUUAGCCUUCCCCCUGGAAAGCAGGCAUCAUAUGUGGCCAGGCACCUGUGUUAUUCUCAACAGCCUCUUAUCCACUUUAUGUCACUAACCUAAGUGUUUUUUCCAGCCAGGACCAAGAGGAGUAGCCUUAGGAUCCAGAGAUAGAAUGAGGGACCUAAGCAUUGACUUCUUCCUAUUGGCAAAGAGGUGAAAGACUAGGGGCACAGAGUGAGACAUUUUCAGACAUAGCCAAUGUGUUGAUUUGUUUUGCUUGACUGUACCUAUAAGGGGAUAAAGGGUGGGAAUGGGAAGGGGUAGGGGAGGGGUAUAACUUAGUGAGUAGUGAUAGAGAUGCAAAAAAGUGAGCAUCAACAAAAUACUUAAAAUACACAGAAGAAAAAAGUUAAGGGGAUACAUAGGUCAAGUUUGUCACUACCUUGUAAAUUUACAUUUAUGCAAUAGUCCUUUUUUGUUCUUGUAUGUUGAAAUGUUUGUGUUGAUGAUUGCUAAGUUCAUAAUAAAAAAAAAAAACAUCUAAAGCCUCUUCAGCUACAAAUGU